AGUGGAGUAAAUAUGAAUGAUGCAAAUUGAAACAAACCAACGAACGAAUAGCUCGAAGAACCUCAAAUUUACACUCCGAAAGCGGGUUGAGUUUCAGAUUUCUGAUCAGAGGUCAAGGAUUGAUUAUCACUGUACCAGACAAUGAGGAUUGUUAUGUAGAAGGCAACCUUGUCAUCUUGGUAAACGGCCUUAUGUGAUUGGAAGAAGGAGAAUUGAUAGUGGCAUGUAAGCACAACAUUAAUACCGGGCCAGCAAAGGUGAAAGAAGUGAAGUAGGAUCUGGCCUGUACCAUGGCCAGAGCGGGGGUGCGUAUCACAGACUAUGGAGGGGUCCAGGUCAAUCCUGAACCCAUCAUAAUAGAGGAACCUCAAGACACAUUCCUAGAAGACUACAUAUCACCAACUAAACUGCGAGCAUUGACUGGAAUAGAAGAUCUUGAAGGUGUGAAAUUCCUGGAGAUGAGGGUGGACACCUCAGAGACAAGUCUUGGGAACUUUGGAGCCAUGCUGCCCAAUCUGAAGCAAUUGAAACUGAACGACAGUCUGAUAGCUUCAGUGAGAGAUCUAGGGACUGCUCUGGAUAUUCUUGGUGUUCUUUGGAUGGCUAGAUGCUGUUUGUCUGAUCUAGAUGGUCUCAGCUCCAUGUCAUCAUUACAGGAGUUGUAUCUUGCCUACAAUGAUGUUUCAGAUAUCAGUCCGUGCAGUAUGUUAGAGAACCUUCAAUUGCUAGACUUAGAAGGGAACAAUGUAGAUGACAUAGCUCAGGUGGAGUUUCUUGGACUCUGUAGUAAGCUAAGAGCACUGUCCUUAGAGGGUAAUCCAGUCUGCUUAGCACCCAACAAGGAUUAUGACAAGGAGGAGAGUCCACCGUACAACUAUCGUCUCUCUGUCUGGAAAGCAGUCCCUCAGCUCAGGAUCCUAGAUGAUGAGGUCCUCAACUCGGCAUCAACGUCCUUAUCAACAUCAAACCUUCAACCCAAGGCUCUGAAUCUAAGCACUGAUUGGUUACUGGUGAAUGGUUCUAUCAAAGAUACGCUAGGAUCAGUAGACAGUGUAGCAUCAGAUAGCAGUGGGGGGUCGCGACCCAAGACAUCGGCAGCCAGGCCGGGAUCAGCAGCAGGUAGACGACCAGGGUCAGGCUCUGGACGGCGACCUGGGUCAAGCAUGGGUCAUCGGCCUAUGACAACAGCGGGAGGAAGGCCUACGACCUCUGCUGAGAGGCCUGAUACUGGGGGUUCAGACAUUGUUGCCGACGGUGAUGACACGAGUGACCUGACCCAUGGCAGUGGAGGGGUCAUCUGCGGAAACCCGGUCAAAGCUUUGAGGAGCAGGAGGAAGAAUAUGAAGAACCCAAUGACACAGCAGAACACCACCAUGCUGAUGUUACUACAACACAAACCAGAGCACACGUAUGAUGCACUAGAGGAGGAGGACUGGGAGGAUGGGAGAUCCAAGGAAGACAUCUUUGUCGAGCUGCGGACUUGGAAAGAAGCCCAUGAAAGAAAAGUAGAAGUCCGUCUCCAAGACCUAGAGCCUCAGGUCCUGAAGAUCACCCAUAGCGACAACGAGGAGGAGGAGGAGGAGACUAAUAACAACCUCCCACUUACAUCUGGUAGCCAUAGCAACCAGGAUGAUGAUGAUGAGUUAGACAAUGAUGUCGAUGAUGAUGUUGAUGUUGGGGUUUUCAUCCCACCCACACCCUCAGAUUCACCGAUCGACGGAAGAUUGCCGACCCCACCCCAAGGACCAAGGUCACCUAUAAGGGCUCCGGUCAGACCUAAAACAACUGCAGUUGGAGACUACAGAGUGCGUCGGUUCCGUCAACGUUCCGUUGAUGAGGGUCUAUCCCUGGACUCCUCCACUGAUACCCCUCGGCUAUCCCAGGAAUCUCGGUCCUCAUCCUUAGGGGACUCUGGUCACAUGAGUCCGGGUACUUUCCUUGGUUCCUUCCCGUCAUCACCGGUCCUGGGCCGGAUAGAGGAUAGACCAUACUCUGGUCCAGCCGUUGGGAUCAGGACUAUACCGGAGGUACAGCAAGUUGACAAGAACGCUCCAAAGUCCAUUGACCCUCAUAAGCCAAUCAUCCGCUCGUCAGUGAACACGCCCCCAAAUAGACUCAUGGGAUUGAUAUCUAGACCAGUCACCGCUCGGGCUGCGCUCCAACGCAAAGCCUUGCCCAGUAGGACUAAAAACAACCCUUAUACUAGCAUGUGAUCUAUUAGCCUAUGGAUAGAGCUGGACUAGUCUAGGAUGACAGAGUAGUGAGUUCGGUAAUUGAAUAGCAAGGCUUGGACUGCCCUCAAGUGACAAGCAGCGACCAGCAGGAAUAUACAUGAUUCCUAUUUUAUUCUAGUAUGUGAUCUACUAGCGUAUGGUUGCAGUUGGAUAGCAGUGUAGCAUCUAGAUGUUGUGCAAGUUUGGUAUUGAAUAGCAUUGCUAGUCUCCUAGCUGUGACAGACCUACCAGUGUGUGACCUAGCUACUAGUCUUGAUUCAAGGAUUCUACUGAAGAGCAUCAUUCAUUCUGUUACAAGUGUGGAUAAUGGCUAGAAAUGGGGGAACGUAGGAAAGCUGAACAUAUAGGUAUGGUCCCUGCGUAACUCCUGUGUGUAUUUAAUGAUGAUGAUCGAUGGAUCAAUGAUUAUUUUACCUGCCUGCUCAGAAUGCAUGCUUCUAAGUAAACAACCAGGGGACCAAUGGCUUUAAGUCUUCUCCGAGGGAUUUGUGAUGUGAACUAUCAGAGCUUCGUGGCAAACGUGAUUCGCAAUCUCUGGGUUUGUUUGGAUUGAGUAUGACUAGACCCAGGCAUUGUAGGCCUUGUUGCUGGGACAGCUGUAUUCACCUAUCUUCUCGGGCUCCUUAGUAAGACAAUGUCUUGUAAUGCCCUCCCAUACAAUGUAGCUCAUCAAGAACACCACUUCAAUGGUUUCAUAUCCUGUACCGCAAUGUGAUGGCUAGAAGAGAGGAAAGCUGAACAUCGAGCUGUUCAUAAUCCUAUCUAGCUGUGGUGACAUCAUGAGUUCCGGCCAACUUACAAGCCUCUCUUAAAGAUGUUCAUGCAUGGGUAUAUAGUCGUUCAUGAAGUAGGCAACUUAGCGAACACUCUUGAUCGCUCCCGAUCACUACACAACACUGAGCCAAUGGGUAUAACGCUCCCGUGCGUACGUCCAUGUGCUGCCCUCUAUAUACCCACAAUGUGUGAGUGCUUCA